GUGUGAUCUCUCCCAUACCCGUCCGGCGUUCCAUCUCCUCUGCUAAAGGGAAAGAGAAGAUGAUAGCCGAUCGUGAUUCGGCGGGGCAAACCCGAAAAAAGCGCAAAGGAAAUGAUGGCGAUCAUCUGAUCCCGAUCGACCAUGUGGUUGACUUGACCGGGCCGGAGGUUGAGCCCAAAGGUUCAGUACCUGCCAACAGACCAACUCCGGUUCUUACUGCCACACCGAUCGAUGAUCGGAUGUUUGUUGAGUUCUCAAAUAUGGGGCCCAGAUCGGAAGGGAGGUAUCUGUUCGGGUUGAUGCCAUCUUCUAUGUGGUGUCAUACCGCGAUCAAAGUUCCCCCGAGCUUCACUAACUUGACUCACUGGUCGGACCUUUUUGAAGCAGGUCACCAGGAAGCACUUAAGGCUGGCGUGUAUUAUCACAAAGCCUUUCUUGCCGCGGAGAAGGAGAUGAAAGCCCUGGCCAGUGAUCGGGAUGACAGCCAGGUCCUCCUCUCCGCCGCUCGGAAGUUAGCGACCGACCUCCAAGAGCAGGCCAAAGAGGGUGAGAAGGCAAAAGCUGCUCUGGCCGAGAUGCAGG